CCCCCCCACCACCGACCUAACACACUGGACGAAAGCAUUAUCCACCAGCAGAAAUACAAAGUUGUUGUUGUUACAAAACGAACAAAGAUAGGUUGGCAUAUAGCUAGACAUUCUAUCGACAAAUACUCUCCCGAUUUAUACAUCUCUAGACAAACGCUACCCGGACGCAUUUAGUGCGGCACAGGGAUUAAUGGCUGCAGUCGAUGUACGGAUCUGCUCUCAUUGUUUACAUUUCUAAACGGUAUGUCACCCGUGUUUUUUAGGCUGUCAUUGAUACGGGAUCAAACCUAACCCCGCAAUGAUGAUAAAUAACGCUAAAUGAAUGUGAAGAGAUUCUCUGUAAGACAGUAUCAAGUGGAGCAGCGGCGAACUAGCCUUGUCUGCUAACUAUCCCAGCUCCAUCUUUCCUGUGUCGCCCGCUGCUCCAGAGAUGGCAAGUUAGUCUUCAUCUUUGUUUGGUUUUCCGCCCGCUCGGAUCUCAAGGACAACCAAAUGACUGAGGGGGUAUAGCGCCAGGGGCGCCUAUAGGCCAGGCAAAAUCUUAAUUUGAGGAAUAUUGCAGGUGCACAAUGUUUAGUGUACCUCAAAGCGCCAAGUCCGAGUUCCUGGACAAAGCCAGGCAGGCCAGGGAGGAAAGGAGAGGACAUAAGGACAAGGAAAAAUCAGCAAUCCACAUCCAAGCCCUGGUCAGGAGAUUUCUCUGUCGCUGCAGACUCCAGAAGCAAAUACGGAAAGAGGUUGAUGACUAUUUUCAAGCUUCUGAAACUGGGACAUCAAAAAGAAAUGCACUUUCAAUUUUCAAAAUUGCUCGGAAAUUACUAUUCGUAUAUUGCCAAGAGGAUAAGAUGAGGUUCGAGAAGCUCUGUCGUGCAAUCCUUGCCAGCAUGGAGGUUGAAAAUGAACCGAAAGUCUGGUAUGUUUCCUUGGCUCUCUCCAAAGACCUCACCAUUCCUUGGCUCAAACAGAUAAAAGAUGUACUGUGGACCUGCUGUCAACUACUGAAAAAUUUAAAGCCUGACAUACUUCAGGACAAUAAAUUGGUAACGCUGUACCUCACCAUGCUGGUGACCUUCACAGACACUUCAACCUGGCGGAUAGUCCGAGGGAAGGGAGAAGCUCUAAGACCCGCUUUGACGAGGAUUUGUGAAAAUAUUAUGGGCCAUCUCAAUCAAAAGGGAUUCUAUUCAAUACUCCAGAUCUUGCUGACCAAUGGCUUGGCUCGUACUAAACCAUCUCUCUCCAAAGGCACUCUAACAGCUAUCUUCUCUUUGUCAUUAAGGCCAGUCAUUGCUGCUCACUUUUCUGAUAACCUGCUAAGAUCAUUCCUCCUUCACAUCAUGUCAGUUCCAGCCAUUGUAUCUCACCUCAAUGUGCUUACUCCAGAGUGUAUGGCGUCCAUCCAGACGCAUGACCUGCUGCGGAAGUUCAUUCUGUUUCUCAGCCGGGAAGAACAGUGUUUGGACAUCUGUGUGUGUCUUGAGGGGAGCCACACACUCUGCUUACUUGGCAAUCUGAUUCAUUUGGGCUUCCUUAAUGAGAAAGUCCUUGAAGAGGAGGCCAAUCAUUUUGUGAAGGACCUGACUGACAUGCUGUCCUACUGCCAGAGAUAUGUAUCCCAAAAGAAGUCCAACCUUACCCACUGGCACCCUGUCCUGGGCUGGUUCUCUCAGACUGUAGACUACGGUCUGAAUGAGUCGAUGCCGCUGGUCACUAAACAGCUCCAGUACCUGUGGGGUGUUUCUGUCAUUCGGACGCUCUUCAGCGACGUCCUCUCUAAAAAGCUGGAGAGUCAGGAGCCCACUCCCCCACCCCCGCAGCCUAGCACAUCACAAAACAAUCUACCAGUUAAAAACCUCUUCAAGCGAGCGUUUCAGAAGUCGGCUUCUGUACGGAACAUCCUGAAACCAGUUGGAGGGAAGCGAGUCGACUCAGCUGAAGUUCAGAAGGUGUGCAGCAUCUGUGUGCUCUACCAGACUGCUCUGUCUACAUUAACGCAAAUACGACUCCAGAUACUCACCGGUCUGACACAUCUCGAUGAACUUUUGCCCAAACUUUGGGCCUUCAUCUGUGAGCUGGGUCCUCAGGGAGGCCUCAAACUCUUCAUGGAGUGUCUGAACAAUGACACUGAAGAGUCCAAGCAGCUCCUGGCUAUGCUCAUGCUCUUCUGUGACUGCUCACGGCACCUCAUCACAAUUCUGGAUGACAUUGAAGUCUAUGAAGAACAAACAUCUUUCAAGAUCGAGGAACUCCUCACAAUCUCUUCAUUUCUGAACACAUUUGUGUACAAGAUGAUAUGGGAUGGCAUCUUAGAAAACGCUAAAGGAGAGAAACUGGAGUUGUUUCACAGUGUUCAUGGCUGGUUGAUGGUGCUUUAUGAGCGGGACUGCAGGCGACGAUUCACCCCUGAUGAUCACUGGCUACGCAAGGACCUGAAGCCCAGCCUGUUGUUCCAAGAGCUGGAGAAAGGCAAGAGAAGAGCCCAGCUUUUACUACAGUACAUCCCGCAUGUCAUUCCACAUAAAAACAGGGUGCUGCUGUUCAGGAACAUCGUUACAAAGGAAAAAGAAAGUUUAGGAUUGGUAGAAACCAGCUCUGCUUCACCACAUGUCACCCAUAUUACCAUUCGUCGCUCACGGAUGUUAGAGGAUGGAUAUGACCAGCUCCGCAGAUUACCAGCAAAUUCCAUAAAAGGCGUUAUUCGUGUAAAGUUUGUCAACGACCUGGGAGUAGACGAGGCUGGUAUCGAUCAGGAUGGUGUGUUCAAAGAGUUUCUGGAGGAGAUCAUUAAGAAAGUGUUCAAUCCUGCUCUCAACCUGUUCAGGACUACGAGUGGAAAUGAAAGGUUGUAUCCUUCACCCACAUCUUACAUCCAUGAGAAUCAUUUGCAGCUGUUUGAGUUUGUGGGGAAGAUGCUUGGGAAAGCCAUAUAUGAGGGCAUUGUUGUGGACGUCCCUUUUGCCUCCUUCUUCCUCAGUCAAGUCUUGGGUCACCACCACAGCACUUUCUACAGCUCCAUCGACGAGCUGCCCUCGCUGGACUCUGAGUUUUACAAGAACCUCACUUCCAUUAAGCGCUAUGAUGGAGAUGUAGGGGAUCUAGGACUGACAUUAUCCUAUGAUGAGGAUGUUAUGGGGCAGCUUGUGUGUCAUGAGUUGAUACCUGGGGGGAAAACCAUGCCAGUCAUCAACGAAAACAAGAUCAGCUACAUUCACCUCAUGGCUCACUUCCGGAUGCACACACAGAUUAAGGAGCAAACGGGCGCUUUCAUUCGAGGCUUCCGCAGCAUCAUUAACCCAGAGUGGCUGCACAUGUUUUCCACGCCCGAGGUUCAGCGCCUUGUCUCGGGAGACAAUGCCGAGAUUGAUCUGGAUGACCUCAAGAAACACACGGUCUACUAUGGAGGUUUUCACAGCAGCCAUCGUGUCAUCAUCUGGCUGUGGGACAUCCUGUCCAGUGACUUCACUGCUGAAGAGAGGGCUAUGUUCCUUAAAUUUGUUACCAGCUGCUCUAGGCCGCCUCUUCUAGGUUUCGCCUACCUCAAACCACCUUUCUCCAUCCGUUGUGUGGAAGUUUCAGAUGAUCAGGACACCGGAGACACCCUUGGCAGUGUUCUUAGGGGCUUUUUCACAAUCCGCAAGAAGGAGCCUGGUGGUCGACUUCCCACUUCAUCAACAUGCUUCAACCUGCUAAAAUUGCCCAAUUACAGCAAGAAGAGCAUCUUGCGCGACAAGCUGCGCUACGCUAUCAGUAUGAACACAGGCUUUGAGCUCUCCUAACUCAGUUGCAUCAGGACAAUCUUCACAGGAGUCAAAGUCACAAGUCAAAGGGGCAUCACCUAAACAAAAGUGGAUUCAUAAAGGACCUACAAACUCUCCUUUUGUCUCUUUUUUUUUUUUAACAAUCAGCCCACUCCCUUGCAUUAAAGGGGAUGCUGUUUCUGCAGCACAAUCCAAUUUUUUGCAUCUCCCUUUGCCAAAAUUCAACGUCUUGUAGGCCUAUUUAUCUUGAUGAAAUAUCGAUAUACAGUGGGUAGAUCUCUGUUUCUCAGGCUUAACAGAAUCAUGCUCGCACUCCCAUUUAAAGCGAACUAGAAAGCAAUACAGAUGCAAUGCAAGCCAUUAGACACGUGGUCAACUCACUCGAGUAAAACCAAGCGAUGCAUUGUUAAUAUACUUACAAGCUCGGACUCCAUUAUCCAAGCAACUUUUAGCUGAUAUUGGAUGAGUCUUAAAAUGUUUUGCUGAACAUAAUGCAGCUUUCAUAAAUGGAAGACAAAUCAAUGUCUUGUGUUCAACCUCCAUGGAGUAGUGGCUCACAGCAGUGAUCCUGUGUUGAUUACAUUAUGUCCCAUUUUGAGGAGAAUCAUUUUGACCUGACUCCAUUUUCCCCCACUACAAGACGCUGCAGUGCCCUGAGAAAGAUGUCCGCCCUCUGGUUUUUAUGUUCUCGUUUGAACAUCUGCCUCAGUUCUGGUGAAGCAGCACAAUUUCUUGACAAAAAAAAAAUGGAUCAUGCUGUUUGAUUUAGAAAAGAUGUCCUUGCUGUAGCAUUUUUGCUUUUGAGUAAAAAAGAAACUGGAAAUGUUUGGGCAUUAUUUGUAUCUGCCCAGCGAAGCAGAUACAGCUGUUCAUUGGAACACGUCUGUGCUUGACCACUCUUAAAAAAAAAAAAAAAAAAAAAAAUAUAUGUAGUGAAGGUAAUCAAUAAUGUAAGUGUUCAUACUAAAUACUAGAAAAACUGAAGAUUUCUCACUACACCUUUGUAUAACGCUGAGUGCCUCAUAUAAUGCCACCCCCCUUUGCUCUCACGUCUGACUGUAUUCCAAUUGUAACCAAUAACCACGUUUAUGGGAAACAAGCCAUAGAAACGGGGGCUAUGUACCUGGACUUUAUCUCUCGCUCCUGCUAACAAAAAAGCGCAGAAACCCAACCACUCUAUUACCACUGGAACAACAACAACCGAGGAGGGUUUUACUACGAUGCCCUCGGAUCUCUGUGGACUUUUUAAGCCAUGCGGAAAAUGAAUUUUGAGGUUUAAAAACCUUUCAACAUGAUGUCAUGGACUGGUUGGUCAACCAAAUGUGACUGCUUGAUUUAAUGUUCCCUUGGAUGGAAAUGUUGCGCACCUUUCUGCCGUUUGUGGCUGUUGGGGUAAAAGGGACAUGAGGGUGAAUGUUACCCCAUCAGCCUAAAUACUACUUUACACAGGGUUCAAUUAGAUCAUAAAGGAAAGGAAGUUAGUCAUUUAGCAGAAAGAGGACUGUAACUUUUAAAGGAUUAAAAAGAAAAUAUUUACCAUGUUCUUUAUUAUGCAAAACAAGUUUUUUUCUGUCAUGAAUGAGUAUGUGUUAAUAAGUAACACAAGCUUUAGAGCAUACUGGUCAUUAUUGUUUCUAACUAGUAAUAUAAUGGCGAUUAACUUGUGGGAAAACAACAAAAAAGUGAUUAUAAUGAUAUAAGACUGGUUGUAUUGAAUUUACCUGCAGUAUACUAAUGAGAUUACACUAUUUUCAGAUCUGACAAAUCAGUCCUGAGGAUCUUACUCCAGCUUUUCUCCUUUUAAUCUAUUCCAGCAAGAAGUGGAAACACUGUGAAUGGAUUUAUGCGACAUGCUACACCUGGUGUGUGUUAGUGUGCAAAAGAGAUGAAAGAUACCUCACAAGCUUGUCUGUCUCGUGAUGAGGUCACUCAUCGGUUUUAAAAAUGAUGUCAAGACUAGGCUAGACUUUAAGUGUAACAGUGGACUGCUAAAGCUGACCUUUGACUAUCUGCUCUUUUAGUACAAAAAAUAAAAAUGAUCCUGGAAAUGUUCCCACCC